AAAAUUCCCAACAAUCCCAACUACCCCUUCAAUUUCCCUAAUCUAAAUUCAUAUUUCUAUCCAAAAAACACACCCAUGAAUUAAAAUCAAAUAUGUUCCGAUAGUUCGAUUAAAGCUUGAUCAUUGAUGAACAUGGGUUCAAUUGGAAACCCUAAUCCAUGGCCAUCAUAUGACACUUCUUGUUCACAAGGAAUAUGCACUCUCUAUUGCCCUCACUAUUGCUACUUCUUCCUCCCUCCGCCGCCGUCGUCGUCGGGUCUCCGAGAAGGUUCCGGAACCCUCUUCUCCCCUCUCGUCAUAGCCGUCAUCGUUCUCCUUGCCACCGGUUUAAUCUUCGCCACUUACUACGCCGUCGUGGCGAAGUACUUUCGGAGGAAUGAGAUCGACGCCGCCGCCAUCGUAAUGCGCCUCGAUGGGAGCCUCGAUCAUGAUGGGUUCGAUCAAUGGCAUGCGGGUUCGGACGGAUUGGACGAGGCGACGAUCAAGGCGAUUAGGGUUUGUCGGUAUCGAUCCGGGGAUGCCCUAAUCGAAUGCGGCGAGUGCGUCGUGUGCCUCGUAGAGUUCCGGGACGGCGAUCCACUUCGACUCCUCCCGAAGUGCCGCCAUGCAUUUCAUCUCCCGUGUAUCGACACUUGGCUCCGGUCACACUCGACUUGCCCGUUGUGCCGCGCUGGGGUCGUCGCAUUGGCUCAUGCUGAUGUGGAUUCUGGUGGAUCGGAGGCGGCGGAUGAGGUGAUCUUGACGGUGGAGGAGGAAGAUGAAGCUCCGCCGGCGCCGGCGGCGGAGAAAAGUUCCGGUGGGGAGGGGUUUAGGGCAUUGAGGAGAUCGGUUUCAUUGGGGGAAGAUUGUUGGAAGAGACAUGGUUUGAUGAUGUCGAAUGAUGUGAUGAAAAAGUUGGAUCAAGAUUUGUUACUACAAGUGGGAAAUGAUUUGGUUGGUCCAUCGAAAGGGUUUGCGAUUAAGAGAAGUUUCUCAACGGGUAGAUUCAUCGAUAUAUGUUCUUAGUUGAUUGAUUAAAUGAUAAUUAGUGGUAAAAAUUAUUUUUAUUUAUUUAUUUUCAAGAAAGAUGAAUUCUAAAUUUAUUGGUUUGUUAAAAAUAAAUAACUUAGAAUUACAUCUGUAAUUUCCAAAUCAACAUAUGAUCUGGUUUUAUUUAAUUUGUCU